AUGGCAGCCAAGGCACUAUUCCCAACUUUCUUUAACGAGGAGACAAAAGUGUGGAGUGGAGUACCCAGGCGGCGACAAUUCCACUACGACUGCUCCGUGGGUGAAAGAAUAUACACUUCAUUGAAGAAUUGGCCACAAAAUGUCGCCCAGAUCAGCGAAAUAGACGGACGCGUGGUGACCUUUGAAGAAGUGCAAGCCUGGGCGACACGCCUAGCACUGUUCUUCAAGAGUGAGAAACUAACCCAUGAGGAUGUCGUAGGCAUUAUUGGAAAUGCCAGCACCUAUGUUAGUUCCUUAACUGUGGCCUGCUUCUUCAACACGACGCCUUUCCAUGCCGUGGCCUACACCUAUAUGAAGGAACCAGAAGUUAUAAAGGCAUUAUAUGAGAUUACCAAGCCAAAGAUUAUGUUUUGCGAUAGUGUGCACUAUGAGAUCAUGAAGGAGGUAACCAAGGAAUGGAAUCCCAAGUAUGUGACGAUGACAGGUCGUGUAGAGGGUGUGCCCAGCAUUGAGGAUCUGCUGAAACCACAUCCCAUGGAACGUUUCUACCAACCCGAGGUGUUGGCCAUUGGCGGCGAUCAGACAGCAGCCAUUCUAUGCUCAUCGGGCACAUCCGGAAAGCCAAAAUCGGUGGCCAUAUCUCAUAGACACAUUAACAAGACGGAAGCAAUUACCAACAGCACUGAUGUGUUCUUGACAAGUGCCACAUUGGACUGGAUGACAGGCUUUUCCUUAAUGAUGUUAACUUUCUUCUAUGGCACCACUCAAGUCAUAUUUGACGAAACCUUCAAUGCUGAUAGCUUCAUUCGUAUGAUCGAAAAGUACAAAGUUACCUUGAUUGUGAUGCCGCCAUGGCAGGCCUUUGAGGUGUUCACAAGUCCAUUGGCCACAAAGCAGAAUUUGUCCAGCGUGCGCAUGUGUAUUAUUGUCGGUGGCUGGCUCUCAUCGAAGAUUAUGCAGAAGGGCCAGGAAAUUAUGGAGCAUUGCCAUAUUGUAUUCUCAUAUGGAGCCACUGAGACUGGUGCAAUUGCCUUCAACAUCGAUCACAGUCUUGAAAGUUCUGUGGGCAGACUGCCACCAGGUGUCAACGUUAAGAUCGUAGACGAUGAGGGCAACGCACUGGGACACAACCAGGUCGGCGAAAUACUUAUUGACGUUGGCGUCAAAUGGGAGGGCUAUGUGGGUAAUCCUGAGGACACUGCCUCCACCCUCAAGGACGGAUGGAUCAAUCUUGGCGACAUUGGCUACUUUAAUAAUGAUAACAAUCUGUUUUUGAUCGAUCGUAAGAAGGAUGUGCUCAAGUACAAAUCAAAGGACUAUUGGCCCAACGAAAUAGAGCAAAUUAUUGCCGAACUGCCGGAGGUUCAAAGUGUUUGCGUUGUCGGUGUCAGGAACAGGGGCUACACCGAUGCCGCCGGCGCCUUGGUCAUCAAGAGGCCUGGCACUGACAUCACCAAAGAGAAGAUCAUCGAGCACGUGGCCAAACGUGUUGUUGUCGAAUACAAGCAACUGAACGCUGGAGUCCAGUUUGUCAAUGAGUUGCCACAGAACAACAAUGGAAAGGUGUUAAGAAACGUGGCUAGAAAAGUGUUUGAGUCACUUAUGCAGAACCCAGAGUUUUAG